CUACUACUACUUUUACGUACUACUAAUACUACUAUUAUUUUCAGUAGUAGUAGUAGUAGUAGUAGUAAUAGUGAUAGAUGAUGUUUCGGGCAAUACCCUUAGCAACGGCACCACCUCAUUCUUCUCUGUCUUUAUUUCCUUUCUUUCGUGCAAGUGUGUGUGUGUGUGUGUGUGUGUGUGUGUGUGUGUGUGUGUGUGUGGUUUCUCAAGAGAUUUCCUUCUAGCUGUUGACGUCCAUUUCUAUAACCUGUCUUUUUUUCCGCCACAUUCUGUAUAAUAUGUCCUUUACAUCCUCUGCUUCCUGAAGUGUUGUCUAACCUCGCACGUCAUGGAAAUGGGCGGCCCGACGCGAGUGAUGAAGUGGGCGACACGCAAGUACGGGCGGCUAGUGGUGGCUGGCGUGCUGUCCACCUCCCUGAUGGUGAACCUCACUCUGCACGCCGGCUCUGCCCUACAUUAUUACUGCAGUUACGAGUGCCUGGAGGCGCUGCUGACGGCACCAAUAUUCACUCUGGACCAUGACGCCGUGCUGCACCUCCGCGACAACUGGGUAGACCCGCCAGCUCCACGGGGCACCUACAAGCCUUCCUUCUCGUUGGACCAGCCCCCUUGGACCGCUAAAGGAAACUGGGGCGAGGCCUAUACGCUCAUUAAAAACUAUUUCAAACAGUACGAGGUUCCUGGAACGUUCGUGGAGGUCGGUGCGGCGGACGGUGAGUUUCAAUCCUUGACGCUGUGGGUGGAACAGCAGCUGGGAUUCCGCGGGCUGCUGGUGGAGCCAAACCCACAGGCCUACCAGGUUCUUCGGGCGGCGGGCAGGUCGGCCUACAGCAUCCAGGCGUGUGCCACUCCUGACGAGGGACACAGGCAGGAUUUGCUGUGGAUACGAAAUGAUGACGUUGGUCUGCCCCCCUUUCUGCGUCAGUUACAGAAAGGCAGCAACAGACUAUUGCGAUACGUCCCUGUUGAGGAUCGUGACCUCGGAAGGGCGGUGCCUGUGCGGUGCUUCAACCUUGGCGCCCUCGUGGUGGCCGCCCUGAGGAGCGUCACGGUGGACCUCCUCGUCGUGUCCACUCACGGCGGGGAGAUAGACAUCCUCAGGAACAUCCCGCAGCAAAUUAAAGUGAAGGUGCUAGUGGUGGUGGCGGCCAUCGUGACGGGGGAGGAGAUGGACAACCUGAAGGCGGCGGUGGACAGGUGGGGUCUUGCACCGGCCCUUACUCGGCACGACAUCAAUGUGUUUGUCCCCCAGGAAAGCAUCAUCCAUGCUUAGUGUGUGUGUGUAUGUGUGUGUGUGUGUGUGUGUUUACAUUUGCAGUGUAAAUGUGUUUAACAUUAUUUACCAAACAAUGCCAGAUGGCUGGGCAAGAAUUCGAAGACCUGGUGAUUAUUACCAAACAAUGGGGAAAAGAAGGCGAACAAAGCUCCGAAGCGAGUCAAUGAGCCUUGUGUGUUCAGAGCCUCACAAGUCAUAUUAUUUAUUGUAGUGUCAAGGUAGGAUAGCAUUGGAUAUUGUUCUUUCAGUCUGUAUCUGCAGGUAGGACAUUAAGAGAUUAAAACAUAUUUUGUGUCACGUAAAGUA